GCGCGGGGCGGGCGGGCGCCCGCGAUGUGCCACUCGGCGCCUCCCCCGCCGGGCCCGGGCUGCGCGGCGGCCGGGCGGCGCUGGUAGCGGGGCGCGCGGCGGCGCCGAGGGGGCCAGCCCGGCGCGCGCGGGGCUCAUUGUUGGGGGGGGGCCGUCGGGGCAUGAGGGCGAGAGCACCGCGGGGGGGGCGGCCAGAGCGAGCGAGCGAGCAGGAGGAGGAGGAGGAGGAGGAGGAGGACGCCGAGGAGGAGGAGGAGGAGGAGGAAGGAGGAGGCAAAGAAAAGAAGCGGCGGCGGCGGCGGAGGAGGGAGCGAGGAGGCGCGCGGCCCCCCGCUCCCUCCCUCCCCCUGACCCCCGACCCCCGCCGGCCGGCCCCCCGCCCCAGCCCCGGAGGGAGCUCAUGGGAGUAUGAAGGAGAUGGUAGGAGGCUGCUGCGUAUGUUCGGACGAGAGGGGCUGGGCCGAGAACCCGCUGGUCUACUGCGAUGGGCACGCGUGCAGCGUGGCUGUCCACCAAGCUUGCUAUGGCAUCGUCCAGGUGCCCACGGGACCCUGGUUCUGCAGGAAAUGUGAAUCUCAGGAGCGUGCGGCCAGGGUGAGGUGUGAGCUGUGCCCACACAAAGACGGGGCAUUGAAGAGGACUGACAAUGGAGGCUGGGCCCACGUGGUGUGUGCCCUCUACAUCCCCGAGGUGCAGUUUGCCAACGUGCUCACCAUGGAACCCAUCGUGCUGCAGUACGUGCCUCAUGAUCGCUUCAACAAGACAUGUUACAUCUGUGAGGAGCAGGGCCGGGAGAGCAAGGCCGCCUCAGGAGCCUGCAUGACCUGUAACCGCCAUGGAUGUCGGCAAGCUUUCCAUGUCACCUGUGCCCAAAUGGCAGGCCUGCUGUGUGAGGAAGAAGUGCUGGAGGUGGACAACGUCAAGUACUGCGGCUACUGCAAAUACCACUUCAGCAAGAUGAAGACAUCCCGGCACUCCAGCAGUGGCGGCGGCGGCGGUGGCGGCGGUGGCGGCAGUGGCUUCAUUGCUGGCCGGAGAAGCCGCUCAGCUUCUCCGUCUACCCAGCAGGAGAAGCACCUUUCCCACCAUGAGAGGGGCCAGAAGAAGAGUCGAAAGGACAAAGAACGCCUUAAACAGAAGCACAAGAAGCGGCCUGAGUCACCCCCUAGCACCCUCACCCCACCUGUGGUCCCCACUGCUGACAAGGUCCCCUCGGCUUCUGCUUCCUCCCAUCACGAAGCCAGCACUCAGGACACCUCGGAGAACAGCCGGGACCCCAAGGGGAAAAAGUCUUCCAGCCACGGCCUGAGCCACAAGGGCAAGAAACUGAGCAGCGGGAAAGGCGCCAGCGGGUUCACUUCCGCAUCCUCUUCCUCUUCCUCUUCCUCCUCCUCCUCCUCCUCCUCCUCCUCUUCUUCUGGGGGACCCUUUCAGCCUGCAGGAUCGUCCCUGCAGAGCUCCCCCGACUUCUCUGCACUCCCCAAGCUGGAGCAGCCGGAGGAAGACAAGUACUCCAAGCCCGCAGCCCCCUCCCCGCCAGGCCCCCCCUCACCCCCCGCCCCCGAGCCCCACAAGGCUGACCUCUUUGAGCAGAAGGUGGUCUUCUCUGGCUUUGGGCCCAUCAUGCGCUUCUCCACCACCCCCUCUGGCUCGACCCGGGCCCGGGCCCCCUCCCCUGGGGACUAUAAAUCUCCCCACGUCUCGGGGUCCGGGGCCUCCGCAGGCACCCAUAAGCGGAUGCCCACCCUGAGUGCUGCCUCUGUGCCUACCGAGGAGCCCCCCGAAACAGGCCUGAAGGAGAAGAAGCACAAAGCCAGCAAGAGGAGCAGACACGGGCCAGGCCGCCCCAAGGGCAGCCGGAACAAGGAGGGUGCGGGGGCCACAGUGGCCCCCUCACUGCCUGCAGCCCAGCUGGCAGGCUUCACUGCCACAGCUGCCUCCCCCUUCUCCGGAGGGUCCCUGGUCAGCUCCGGCCUGGGUGGUCUGGCCUCCCGCACCUUUGGGCCUGCUGGGAGCCUGCCCAGCCUGAGCCUGGAGUCCCCUCUGCUGGGGGCAGGCAUCUACACCAGUAAUAAGGACCCGAUCUCCCACGGUGGCGCCAUGCUUCGGGCUGUCUGCAGCACCCCCCUCUCCUCCAGCCUGCUGGGCCCCCCAGGGACCUCGGCUCUGCCCUGCCUCAGCCGCUCCCCGUUCACCAGCACCCUCCCCUCCUCCUCUGCUUCUAUUUCCACCACUCAGGUGUUUUCUCUGGCUGGCUCCACCUUUAGCCUCCCUUCUACCCACAUCUUUGGAACCCCAGUGGGUGCCAUUAACCCCCUCCUCACCCAAACCGAGAGCAGCCACACAGAGCCAGAUCUCGAGGACUGCAGCUUCCGGUGUCGGGGGACCUCCCCCCAGGAGAGUCUGUCUUCCAUGUCCCCCAUCAGCAGCCUCCCAGCGCUCUUCGACCAGACAGCUUCUGCCCCAUGUGGGGCCGGCCAGCUGGACCCCACGGCCCCCGGAACCACAAACAUGGAGCAGCUCCUGGAAAAGCAGGGUGACGGCGAGGCCGGUGUCAACAUCGUGGAGAUGUUGAAGGCGCUGCACGCGCUGCAGAAGGAAAACCAGCGGCUCCAGGAGCAGAUUCUGAGUCUGACGGCCAAGAAGGAACGACUGCAGAUUCUCAACGUGCAGCUCUCGGUGCCCUUUCCCGCCCUGCCUGCCGCCAUUCCUGCCACCAACGGCCCCGUCCCUGCACCCUAUGGCCUGCCUCCCCAAGCCGGCAGCAGCGAUUCCGUGAGCACCAGCAAGAGCCCCCCAGGGAAGAACAGCCUUGGCCUGGACAACUCGCUGUCCACGUCUUCCGAGGACCCGCACUCAGGCUGCCCGAGCCGCAGCAGCUCGUCGCUGUCCUUCCACAGCACGCCCCCACCGCUGCCCCUGCUCCAGCAGAGCCUGCCCGGGGCCCCGCUCCCGUCACAGAAUGGGUUGGGCCGGGCACCCGGCCGGGCACCUGGGGCCGCGGGGCUGGGGGCGCUGCCCAUGGCUGAGGGGCUGUUGGGGGGGCUGGCGGGCAGCGGGGCCCUGCCCCUCAAUGGGCUUCUGGGGGGGUUGAACGGGGCCGCUGCCCCCAACCCCGCAGGCUUGAGCCAGGCUGGCGGGGCCCCCGCGCUGCAGCUGCCAGGCUGUCUCAACAGCCUCAGCGAGCAGCAGAGACAGCUCCUGCAGCAGCACGAGCAGCUCCAGCAGCUGCAGCAGCUCCUCGCCUCGCCGCAGCUCACCCCGGAACACCAGACCGUUGUCUACCAGAUGAUCCAGCAGAUCCAGCAGCAGAAGCGGGAGCUGCAGCGACUGCAGAUGGCCGGGGGCUCCCAGCUGCCCAUGGCCAGCCUGCUGGCCGGAAGCUCCACCCCGCUGCUGUCUGCGGGCACCCCUGGCCUGCUGCCCACAGCAUCGGCCCCACCCCUGCUGCCCGCCGGGGCGCUGGUGGCCCCUUCGCUCAGCAACAACACAAGUCUCAUGGCCGCUGCAGCUGCGGCUGCAGCAGUGGCAGCCGCGGGCGGACCUCCGGUCCUCACUGCCCAGACCAAUCCCUUCCUCAGCCUGUCGGGGGCGGACGGCAGUGGCAGUGGCCCCAAAGGAGGGACCGCUGACAAAGGAGUGUCAGCCAACCAGGAGAAAGGCUAAGCCCUCACCUCCUGACUCCCCGACGGAGGAGACGCGUCCUGGCCUGAGGUGGCCCAGCCCAGAGCAGGCCCGCACCCAGACACUGGAGAGCCUGGGGCACAUGGGGCGCUCCUAGUCCUGAGGACAGACGGAGAGGAGAGCUCCUGCCCCUGCUGGCCCUUCCGUGAGGGGCUCAGAGGGAGGACAGGCCGCAAGCCCACCCCAGGAGCACCCGUGCUCAAAAAUGUUUCGAGGUCCCCAGAGAGAAGUGGGCCAAGGCGUAAGUGGGGGGGUUGGUCGGACCCGCCGCACAAAAUGGAUCAGCACUUGCAUGGGAAGGAGUGGGGGGCCGGCAAGCCGGGGAGAUGGGGCCCUCCUUCACGGCCGUUCCUCCCCAGCCUGGGCCGAGAGCAGCAGGGCCCGCCACCCCCCGCCCUCCAACCAGGGUCACAAGCUGAGCUUGUGGGAAACCCUCCCGUGAGGGUCCUGAGGAAGGGGCAGGUUGGCCCUGGGAGGAGGCCCAGCCCCCUCGUGCGCUGCCCCUUGUUUGCACUAUUGGGUUUAGGAGUGCCGAGAGGGUGGAGAGAUGAAGCUGCCUGACUCAGCAAGCGUGUGCGUCUGUGUGUCCAUGUCCGUGUAUGUCUGUGUGUCCCUGGAUCGAGGGCCGCAGGGAUGGGAGCCGAGCCCAGACCCGGCAGCGGCCGAGGUGGGGAGCCCUCAGCUCUUGUUCACCCUCUCCCCAC